AUGUCCUUCUUCCGCAUCACGCUCCACCGUUCGGCCAUCGGUCUUCCCGAGCGCACCCGCGGUGUCCUUGCCGCCUUGGGCCUGCGCCGCCGUAUGCAGACCGUCUUCUAUCCCGUUGAGCCCCAGAUAGCCGGAAUGAUCCUGAAAGUCAAGGAGCUUGUCCGCGUGCACGAGGUCCAGCGCCGCCUGACGAAACACGAGGUGAAGGCCGAGCGGACGCCGGAAAGUGGCUUUUACGUCGAGAAGACGGUGCCGAGGAUGUCUGGACUUGGUGCACACGACCGGCCGCGGGUUUGA